AAAAAGGACAAACGAAACGCUUCCACGCAACCAAGAGUCCGUUGACUCAGCCUGUGAACUGUCAAACGUGAUAUUUGUUGUGCAAAUAAUAUCGAAAGAACGCCUUGAAAGGGUAUAAACAAUGUUAAAACCUAAAGCACUUACGCAUGUUCUCAGUCAGGCGAAUACAGGGGGCGUUGAAAACACACUGCUACUUAGUAGGGACGGAGGGCUUCUUGCCUACAGCGGAUAUGGGGAUAAAGAUGCCAGAGUCACUGCUGCGAUAACGAGCAACAUUUGGUCAGCUUAUGAAAAGAAUGGUCGUAAUGCCUUCAAGGAAGACGAACUACAAUUUAUCCUGAUGGACUGCAUGGAGGGUAAGGUCGUUGUCACAGAAGUGGCAAAUCUGCUGCUUUGUCUUUACGCCAAAGAAAAUGUGGGAUUCGGCCUUCUUCGAGAAAAGGCACAAGCUCUUGCUAAGUACCUGGAUCAACCGUUGAAAACGAUAGCCAGUAUGCCAUGAUGAAGGGAAAUUGAAGUAAUCGAAUAACAAGAGUAUUCUUUCACUUUCAUCCUGUUACUCUACUAUUAUUAUUAUUAUUAUUAUUAUUGAUAUUGUUAUUACGAUUUUUUCAUCAGAUUUCGUAAUUUGUAAUUCCGCCUGUACAUACCAAACAAUAUAUUAUAUUUAUAAAAAAAUCAAUGACUUUCAAAGGUUUGCCAAUACAUCAUCAGUUUACAAUUUCUUAACUACUCAACCUCUGUUGUAUAAUUAUUAUUACUAUUGUUUAUCCAUAUCUGAAUUUUAGCAAGUCUCAGUCAGUCAUCUUAUAUCCAUCUUUGGUACAUCAAGUUUUCUUUUUAAUAUCAAUAUAAAACAUCAUUGCACAGGUCUAAUGUGGUUGUAAGAUAAUUAUAUUUUAUACUAAUUAUAAAUGAGGGAACACAUACGAUUGUCAAAUGAACCAUUUGUUUAUUACAAAUUUUGUAAGUGAUACGAAUAUUUAUGCUUACAUUUUGUUACACCACAUAUCCGUAUGUAUAGAAUAGUACGAUAUCAAUAAUGCUCUGUGAUUGCUAUUCGUUAUAACUUCAUACCUUUGAAAAAAAAAAAAAAGAAUAUUGAAUAAACACUGUCGAAACUUUGAUCUGUGCGUGCAUUUGUCUAAAUAUUUUUAGCACGUCAGAAAAUUAUAUUUCUAGGGUACUAUACAUAAUUUACGUUAUACGAAAUAUUGUGCAAGUUUUUAUUAAUGCUAAAUUUAAUACAAAACAGAAAAUGGAUUUCAUUGCGAUGUACUCAUUUACAUGUAAUUUAGUCGCAGACUAAUUAUCCUAAUUCUUAUCUCUAAACGACAAUUUAAUACACGUAUAAAAUUGAUUUAGAAAUUCGCCUAUGAAAGUACAAAUUUUUUUCACAUGUCCAAAUAGUCAUACGUGUGUACUUAUUAAUAUUUAUCAUGUAUAUAUCGUAUUUAUCGAUUUAUCGAUACCAUCUUUGAAAAGUUAUUCAAACGUGUUAAUGAAAGACCGAAUGAUCCAAAUUUCUGUUUUUUGCCUUACUAUCUACAAGACGCUACAUAAAUUUUCUUAAGAUCUUCAUCUAUGGAAGAUAACCAUACACAUUCACAAUUAAUCUAUUUGUAUAUCGUCGACUGAUUACGAACAUGAAUAUUGACUUGUCGUUAUGAAGUUUUUUUCUCAAUACACCACACUGUAACGAACAUUCUCAAGAGUUAGUAAUGUAUAAUCAAAGUUGUAUGUUUGUUGAGAAGUGUAAGAAAAUAAAGGACCGACGAAACAAAUUUUUCAAUGAGGAAUUUUAACAGUAGACUGGUGAAUCAAGAUUGGAAAGUUACUUGGUGUAUUAAAUUUGCCAAUAAAUGAUCAACUCAAUACUUGAAAUGAUGUGUAAAUAAACAAAGAAGGAAAGAAAAUGAAACAAAACACCUAUGAUGGGGUUUAUUAUUAAUUUAUUAAUCAUAAAUUUCCCACGUGGCUUAUAUAAUAAACUCUACAGCCCUUGCAGAUGUCACCCAAAAUAUUAUACUAACGAUUUUCAAUUCUAGUUUAUACAAAUAUCACAAUAUAUCUAAAUUUUUUCGUGUGUAUAAAAUCAACGCAACUCAUUCAACGGUGGAAUAUGAUUGAAAAAUAUAUAUCUAACAAUAUAUUCAUUUCACGAGAUAUAAACUAAAGAGUAAAAUAUUAUGAUUAUAAUAGUGCAAAGUUCUAAAACAUGUGAUAAAAACGUAACAACAUACUCUCUCUUUGUCCCUACAUAUUCUUCUAAUUAUAAUGUGUCGUGUUAUUAUUAUUCAUUUUUUUACCCCUUUAGUUACUUGUCGAACAAUUUUUUACACUCGUUACAUUGCUUUGUACAAAUAUAUGAAUAGUAAUAAUAAUAGUAAUAGUAAAGAAUAUAACUACAGAUACCGGUCGAUAUAAAGUCGUUCCAAGCAACUAUUGCUUACUUCUAAAUCAAUCAAUCGCUGUUUGAUUAUUGAGAUAUGUUCAAAUAAAGUGGUGUGAAUUCAAUGUAAAAAGUACAGGUCAUAGCGACGGAAAUAUUAACGUUAAAUCGUUGAAUGUUAUUUAAUCGUUUUAACAAUGAACGAUAGACAUGUCGCGGACGAUUAAUCCAUAUUUAUGCAGAUUUAUUCUUCUAUAAACAUUAUUGUUACUGUUAUUUUUAUAUUCUUUUCUCAUCCACAAAGAUAAUUGAGUACCAGAUUCUGUACGUUAUUGUACUUAAUACUAAAAGUUACAUAUAUUUACCACUUCAGUAAGAAUUUUUCAUCAAGUUGGUCGUAAUAAUUUAUUCCAAAUUUAUUCUGCGUUAAAACUCAUUGUAUAAAUGUAAAAUAUGUUUGUAUAGCGGCAGUGCAGUGAUGAAUGAUUCAGAUUAUCUAAGAUGAUAGAUAUAAAUUAGCAAAAAAUUAGAACAAACCUAUAAGAGUAAUUGAAAAUGAAGGUGAAGAAAAUAAAAACAUGCUUUAUACAAUAAGAAUUAAUUGAGCUACUGGAAAAUAGUCGUUUUAUUAUAGAAGUUUUUAUGGAAAUUGACAUGAGACUCGAUCGCCAGAUGAUAGUUAUUAUUAGCUGUGAAUUUCAAAAUAAUAUUUUCCUUAUCUACAGAUAAAUUAUUUACGAAUAACAAUACAUGCUGUUUCUUACUGCUCAUAAUUUUGAUUCCGAGUAUUUUUCGUAGUAGAUAUUUAAAACUUGAAGUAGGUUUCAUGAGAAUCUUCAUAAGGAGAUUUUUUGUUUCAAUGUCAAAAUCAGAAAAUAUCCUUCCUGGUACAUAUAAAUAAUUAAUGGAUCUUUUUCACAUCAUUUCGCAUGAACAUACAAAUAGUCAUAGUUUAUAAUAUGAACACGUGACUGCAGGUGUACCGAACAACUCGCUACUCCAUUGCUCUUAUAAAAUUACCACGUAAUAUUAAUUUAUCGUUCCAGUACCGUUUGAUGCAUGUAAUUCGUAGCUGCAUGUACUGACUGUGAGAAACCGCAAUGAUGAACCAUGGACAGUUCAUCACAGAAAUACACUUUAUCAAAUUCUGUAUUCAGGGUAGUGUGUACUUAGAGAAAUAAAAUCAACAACGUUUAUCGACUACAUCUUAUCCAACGGUAAACAUAAAAUUCGAACGUUUUAAUACUAGACACUUUCAAUGUCUGAAAGCUCAUUUGUCUGUAAAUGUUGUCUGAAAGUUAGUAGCAAUGAUUGAAUCAUAAACUGUUUCAUUGUUGGAGGUGCAGGUGA